UGAAGGCUUUAGGCUCAUUAAGAAUCAGGACUGAUCUGUGCAACACCUCCUGCCGGAGAGGCAGCAGCUCCGGCUCGGCUCGGCUUGGGCCAGCUGGCAGAGGAGAAACCCGCAAGGACCCAUUUAACCCCUCCCCUCAAUGACGGUGGUGAUGGCCACCAUUGGGCCAGUCCUGGUGAAUUUUCUUUAUAUAUAUAUAUAUAUGUAUAUAUAUAUAUAUUUUUUUUUGGUGACAAAAAAAAAUCCCCCCAAAAGUGGAAGUGGUGGUCUUUCCAGUGGGCGAGCAUUUAAGCUAAAAGUCCAUCUCUUGUGUCUCUUCUAAUGAAGGGAUUAGUGCACACUCUCGCUAUACAAGCCAUUCUCUGGCGCACAAUAGCUUUUUUUGAAAGAAAGUUUUGUCGAGGCUUCAUUAGCGAUGGCCUCCAACCGGGCGCUGAAUGCAGGACACAUUUGGACCAAUUACUUGGGCAGAAAACAACUGUCAGUCAUUCUUAAAGGGGAAGGAUCCCAAUGAAUAAACCCCAUAAUCCUUGGUCUUCCUUGUGGUCCUUUGUGGGUUUUCUUAACGGGUUAGUUUGGUUCAUGGAUGAAAUGCCGUCAGCAGAUCCUUUGCUCACUUGAGUGCAGGGGGGGGGGGAUUUGGAGGACUUAACGUGGAGCAACAAGUGCCACUGAAGACCGGAUAGUGUCAGUUGACUACUUAGAGGCUCCAGGGACACCAUGUGCACAAAGUAGAAGCUAACGACAACCAUGUGAGUUUGUUGGACUUUCCGCAGCACCCGGUCCAUCUGCUAGGGAGUAACCCAGAAACCCAACUUCUAGAUCAAAGACCCAAAUACGGAUGCAAUUGUCAAUGGAUGCCCUGGGAAUCGUGGAAGACAGUUGCCUUGACAACUAUGACAUAGCAAAAGGUGCCGGGUCCAGUUCCUCCGGGGUCAGGGUCCACAGCAUCGAUGUCAUCCUGGGCUUCACCAAAGACCAGGACCCCCUGCUCCACACUGUGAACGAUGACAGCCAAAACGGUGGUAGGGAAAACGCAGAAAAGCAGGACCCGUACGGACAUCUUGCAGAACUGGGAGGUGACAACUCUCAACAUUCAUCCUACCACGCAUCAGAUCUGUUCUCCAGCGGCAAAUGCGAUGAAGGGAUGAGCGGCAUGCAAAAGGACAUAGACGUGGCCAAGGACUCCCCCAAGAACAACGUGGAGGAAGAGCACUCCAAAAAGAAACACCGGAGGAAUCGAACCACCUUCACCACCUACCAGCUGCAUGAGCUGGAACGCGCCUUCGAGAAGUCACACUACCCGGACGUCUACAGUCGGGAAGAGCUGGCCAUGAAGGUCAACUUGCCCGAGGUCCGCGUCCAGGUCUGGUUCCAGAACCGCAGAGCCAAGUGGCGCCGACAAGAGAAGAUGGACACCACCACCAUGAAGCUGCACGACUCGCCCAUGCUUUCCUUCAACCGGCCCUCAAUGACCCCCAGCAUGGGUCCGGUACCCAACGCCAUGCCCCUGGACCCCUGGCUCACCUCGCCGAUUCCCAGUGCCACGCCCAUGCACACCAUCCCCGGCUUCAUGGGCUCGCCUCAAGCGCUGCAACCAGCCUAUCCCGGCCACGGCUUCCUCAACAGCCCGUCGGGUUUGGUGCAAGGGAUGCAGCCCAUCGGGGGGCCACCGCCCUACCAGUGUUCAGCCGGGUUCAAUGACAAAUACCCCAUGGAGGACGACAGGAGCUCCAGCAUCACAGCGCUGAGGAUGAAGGCCAAAGAGCACAUUCAGUCCAUGGAUAAAACAUGGCAACACAUGUGACCGUUUUUUUUUUUUUUGGUUUGUUUUUGGCUGCUCCAGUUGAAUGUUUACAUUCUGUGUUUUGUACCAUGGAGAGGAUUUACAAGCACAGGAAUCUUUUCUUACUUGUCUUGUAAAUAAUUGAAUGUACCCAUUUGGAUGGAUUUAUUAAGGAUACAUUUUUGGUUAAAUAUGCAGACUUAUAUACAGUAUACUGUAUAUAUACAGUAUAUUGGGGGGGCAAGGGGAAGAAAAGACUUGUUCUUGUCAUUCGUCACGAUGACUUCAAACUCCAGUGACCAGUGUCUCUAUAGGUUCAACAAUCUUCUAUUAGAAUAAAUGUCUGGACUGUGUGCUA